AUGACUGUCAUCUGCAAGGUUGUAAUUGGGAUGGACGUUGCUGCUUCAGAAUUUUAUGGCAGCAAGGACAAAACAUAUGACUUGAAUUUUAAGGAAGAGAACAAUGAUGGAUCACAAAAAAUCUCAGGAGACAGCUUGAAGAAUGUGUACAAAUCAUAUGUGACAGAUUAUCCAAUUGUGUCCAUUGAGGAUCCAUUUGACCAGGAUGACUGGGAGCACUAUGCAAAAUUAACGGCUGAAGUUGGUCAGCAGGUGCAAAUUGUUGGUGAUGAUCUCCUUGUCACCAAUCCAAAGCGUGUGGAGAAAGCAAUUCAGGAGAAGGCUUGCAAUGCCCUUCUGUUGAAGGUGAAUCAAUGUCGUCACAUAUACUGCUAUGAUCAAUGGACUCUGUAA